AUGGCUAAAUCCGCAACACUGCGGCACGCAUGCGUCUCGCCUGCGUUUCGCAUGCUAGCCCAUUUCGACCCAGAGCGCCAGUCGCGAGUGGAGGGUGGCCGCACUCAAUGGAGACCGGUGGCGUUCUUCUCGCGGAAGAUGAACACUGCGGAACGGAGUUAUCACACGGGGGACGGUGAGAUGCUAGCUAUCGUCGAGGCAUUCAAGGUAUGGAGACAUUACCUCGAAUCGCCUGCGGUAAGAACGAUAGUCCUCACCGACCAUGAGGCCCUUCAGAGCUUCAGGGAGAUAAAGGUCCUAAACCGACGCCAGAUGCGCUGGGCCGAAGUGCUAGCCGCAUACGACUUCCAAAUUCAGUGGCGAAAGGGUAAAGACAAUCCUGCGGAUGGGCUCUCUCGAAGGCCGGACCACAUGGAGAGGGACCCACCCCCAGAAGAAAACAUCUUGACAGCGCUACUGCAGAAGCGGCUGCCGGACGAUGUUGAAACGCAGGCGGAUCACCUGCGGGUCGGGGACGCCGUUGUUGUUGGCGUACUGACCAGGGCAAGAGCCCGGGACAGCCGAGAAACGGCUGAGAGCGUACCCUCUGAGGCGCAGGAGGCCCGCAUGCUUCAAGGCAGCGAGGCGCUCACCUCCCGGUUGCUCUACCUUCAGUCGCAGAACGACUGGUGUAAGGAGGGCGAGUGGCGCACGCUUCCCGAGGUGGUGGUACCCCGGGGUAUGUUUAAAGGAACAUGGAGCGUCGACCAUGCGAACCUGGUGCGGCACGAUAGCGCCGUCUACACCCCCAGUGACCCAGCCACACGAGGUGAGAUUCUUCGCGUGAAUCACGAUGACCCGUGGCAAGGCGCACACUUUGGCCGGACUCGCACAAGUGAUAAUGUUAUGCGAUUCUAUUGGUGGCCGCAUCAGUCAGACUGGGCAGAGCUACUCCCUAGCGCGGAGUAUGCGAUUAACUCUACGAAGAACGCAUCGACCGGAAGGAGCCCGUUUAAAUGGGUACUCUCCCUAACGCCCACGUUAUACAUGAAUGUCGACCGCGAGGAGCGCGCGGCUAGACCAGUGAGCGUUGCGGCUGAGGACCGAGCGAGGAUGCUGUUCGAGUCCCUUGCUGCGGCUGAAGAAGCACGCGAGGAAGCUGAGAAACGCAUGAUAGAGCAUUACGACAAGAAGCGGGCGGAACGAAGCUUUGCCAUUGGCGACUUCGUGCUCGUGUCAUCAAAGCAUAUCCGCCUUGCGCGGGCAAGCAAGAAGCUUACGGACCAGUUCAUAGGACCCUUUGAGGUUGUGGACAAGCACGGUCUUAAUGCGUAUACACUGAGGCUGCCGAAGAAGUACGGGCGACUACACCACACCUUUCACGUAUCCUUGUUGCGGGCGUAUCGUGCGCGAGCCGGAGAGCCGCGGCCGGAGCCUAUCGACAUCGACGGCGAGGAGGAAUGGGAAGUAGAAGAAGUGCUUGCGGAACGCGUGCGGUCAGGGAGGACUCAAUUUCAUGUGCGGCGGAAAGGCUAUGGCGAGGCUGACGACUCCUGGGAGCCGGCGAGCAACCUAGCUAAAACGCGCGCGACUUGA